GGCAGGCAGUGGUGCUUGUUGUUGUCGUCGUCGUCAAAAUGGCGUCUGGCGGCGAGGCCCCGGAGUCGUGGUACCUGGCCUUGCUGGGCUUCGCCGAGCACUUCCGCACCUCGAGUCCGCCCAAGAUUCGCCUUUGCGUGCAUUGCCUGCAGGCCGUCUUUCAGUUCAAGCCGCCGCAGAGGGUGGAGGCCCGGACUCACCUUCAGCUGGGCUCCGUGCUCUACCACCACACGAAGAACAGCGAGCUCGCCCGGAGCCAUCUCGAGAAGGCGUGGAUUAUAUCGCAACAAGUCCCUCAAUUUGAAGAUGUCAAAUUUGAAGCUGCAAGUCUUCUUUCAGAACUCUACUGCCAGCAGAAUUUGGUGGAUUCUGCAAAGCCACUCUUACGAAAGGCCAUCCAGAUCUCCCAGCAGACACCCUACUGGCACUGUCGGCUGCUCUUUCAGCUGGCGCAACUGCACACACUGGAGAAGGACCUGGUGUCUGCCUGUGACCUCCUGGGAGUGGGAGCUGAGUACGCCAGGGUCGUGGGCUCCGAGUACACAAGAGCACUGUUUCUUUUGAGUAAAGGGAUGCUGCUGCUGAUGGAACGUAAACUGCAGGAGGUGCACCCGCUGCUCACACUGUGUGGGCAGAUUGUGGAGAACUGGCAAGGAAAUCCCAUCCAAAAGGAGUCUCUCAGGGUCUUCUUCCUGGUACUGCAGGUGACUCACUACCUGGACGCAGGGCAGGUGAAGAGCGUCAAGCCGUGUUUGAAGCAGCUACAGCAGUGCAUCCAGACCAUCUCCACGCUGCAUGAUGACGAGAUCCUGCCCAGCAACCCCGCAGACCUCUUCCACUGGCUGCCCAAGGAGCACAUGUGUGUACUGGUCUACCUGGUGACGGUCAUGCAUUCCAUGCAGGCUGGCUACCUGGAGAAGGCGCAGAAGUACACAGACAAAGCACUCAUGCAGCUGGAGAAGCUUAAAAUGCUGGACUGCAGUCCCAUCCUCUCCUCAUUCCAGGUCAUUCUGCUGGAGCACAUCAUCAUGUGCCGACUGGUCACGGGCCACAAAGCCACAGCGUUGCAGGAGAUCUCCCAGGUAUGCCAGCUAUGCCAGCAGUCUCCUCGGCUCUUCUCCAGCCACGCUGCUCAGCUCCACACUCUACUAGGUUUAUACUGCAUCUCUGUAAACUGCAUGGACAACGCAGAGGCACAGUUCACCACGGCCCUGCGGCUGACCACGCACCAAGAGCUGUGGACCUUCAUUGUGACCAACCUGGCCAGCGUCUACAUCAGGGAAGGGAACCGUCACCAGGAGCUUUACAGCCUUUUGGAGAGAAUCAACCCAGACCGCAGCUUUCCUGUCAGCUCCCACUGCCUGCGGGCUGCUGCCUUCUAUAUCCGGGGACUCCUUUCCUUUUUCCAGGGACGUUACAGCGAGGCCAAGCGCUUCUUGCGUGAGACUCUGAAGAUGUCCAAUGCUGAGGACCUGAACCGCUUGACUGCCUGCUCCCUCGUCCUUCUGGGACACAUAUUCUAUGUUCUGGGGAAUCACAGGGAGAGCAACAACAUGGUGGUUCCAGCCAUGCAGCUCGCCAGCAAAAUCCCUGAUAUGUCCGUGCAGCUGUGGUCCUCGGCUCUGCUAAAAGAUCUAAACAAGGCCUGUGGGAACACAAUGGAGGCCCACGAAGCAGCUCAGAUGCACCAAAACUUUUCCCAGCAGCUCCUACAGGACCACAUUGCGGCCUGCAGCCUCCCGGAACACAACCUCAUCAGCUGGACGGAUGGACCCCCGCCAGUCCAGUUCCAGGCCCAGAAUGGCCCCACCACAAGCCUGGCCAACCUGCUGUGACCCGCACUGUGAAACGGCCACCAUCUCCUCCCACCUCGCUGCCUUCAGCCAGAUCCUUCAGAUCCAUGCGUAUGCAGAUGUGGACCAAAAUUUGUCUCCGUGGUAGAGGAAUACGAAAGGAGGGAGGAUGGGAGAAGAGAUACUGACCAGAGGUUUCUGGGAUCUUGUGGGGCAGGGUUGAGGGGAGGGGCUGCCGGAGAGCCUCAGACACUCCAAGGUGAUGGACGAGCCAGACUUGUGCUGCUACCUCAAAAAAAGGCAGAGCUUGCUGGAGCGUGGGAAUGUGUGCGAAAUGUCAGAUGGACUUGCACUGGCAAUGCGGUCCUGCACACCAAGGAGCAAGCAGUGCAUCAUGGGGCAAAGAGGAGUCUGUGAGAGUCAGAAUGAGCAGGGUGGAUGCACUCCACCAGCAGGCUGCUGCUCUCAGGCCAGUUCCCAGGGUUAUGGGAGUGGUGCAGGGAGGAGCUCGUCGGGGAGUUGGCACGCUGCCAUUUGUCCUCGGACCUCCUCCGCAGUUGACCUUCGGAAACCACUGACCCCAAUGGUCCGCAGAGCACUGCGCGAGGGUCCCUCCCAUCUAUUGAUGUACCUGCAGCCCCUCACAGGUGGACCAUGCUGUGUGGACCAAGGGGUUGGUCAUCCGUGAUGUCACUCAAAAAAAUUCAUGCUCUUUACGUAUGUAAUUUAUUCAGACAUACAUUUUUUUAAACAUUUUGAGACUCAAAUUAUCCUGUUUGACUGUGGUGGAUAUUGUGAGUGUAAGGAACAUUUUUAUAUAUAUAUAGUUUUUUUUAAAUCUAAAUGAUGUUCUUUUUAUUCACAACAUUUAAACAAUCCUAAUGGUUACUUUUAAAGUAAGAAAAAAAAUAAGUAGAUACUGAAAGUAUUCGAGCAAAACCGAGAUUCACAAGGGGAGAUUUUGUUUGCUUGGUUCUUAUUUCGCCAGUCGAGGUUCUAGCAGUAUAGAAAUAACUACACUCCUUACUGAAAAGAGGCAGUAAAACAGCUGCAGUUAGGAACAAAAGAGUGAACAAGCGGAAAUAUUUUAGUAUUGAAGUUUUUUUAUUUAUUUAUUUGUGUGUGUGUGUGUGUGUGUGUGUGUGUGUGUGUGUGUGUGUGUGUGUGUGUGUGUGUGUGUGUGUGUGUGUGUGCCCGAGCGCGAGAUUUUAUGCAAAGCCCUCUGCCACGUGCAGUCCCCGAGUCGUCCAGCAGCGGUCACUGUACAGCAGCAUCCGCUGCGCUGCAGGGUUGAUGUUAGAAAAAAACCCUCUUUUUUUUUAACAUCCUACAGUACUUUUAUUUUUAUUUUCAUACCUAGUAUGUGUAAUAAACUUUUCAAGGAAGUCACACAGUCAU